ACGUGGUUUUAGAAUUAACAGAUCUGUCACAAAAAUUGUUUUGGGGAUUUCAAAUUAAACAUUUACUAAAAUGAGAAUUUGUUGAUUUUUUUUGUUUAACAUAUUUUUUAGUUGACUGAUGAAGUAUCACUUUAAAGUUAACUAUCUAUUAACAUAUACAACGAUUAUAAAAUGUAUUGUGACGAGUUUGGUGACGGUUUAGACAAUAAUUAUGUUGUAAAUCCUGUCAAAGAUCCAGUUAAUUCAAAAAUAUUUGGAGUGAACAGAAGAAAUCAAUUUUCAAGAAAAGAGAAGAGUGAUGCUAGAGUUAAUAUUAAUGGUAAAUAUAAUAAUGGAUUUCAAAAGAAAAUACCAGCUGAUAAAAAAAAGGGCUAUGUUACACCUAUGUUUAGAAACAAUCCAGAAAUUUCUAUAUCAAUAGUUCAAAAAACAACAAUCAAUAAAAAUAAAAGCUCACUAUUUUCUAGCACAACAUAUAAAGACUUAGUUGAUUUGCAUCCACAUAUGGUAGCAAAUUUAGAGCAGACAUUAGGAGUAACUAAGUUGACAACUGUUCAAAAUUUGUCUAUUCCAGUUUUAUUAGAUGGUAAAGAUGCUAUGGUUCAAUCUGAAACUGGAAGUGGAAAGACAUUUGCUUAUGCAGUUCCAUUAAUAGAAUCAUUACAUAAAAUUCGGCCAAAACUCAGUAGAAUGGAUGGUCUUAGAGCUUUAAUUAUUUUACCAACAAGAGAAUUAGCAUUACAAACUUAUGAAAAUUUUAUUAAGUUACUUAAACCUUAUACGUGGUUAGUGCCUGGUAUGUUUACUGGUGGAGAAAAAAGAAAAUCAGAAAAAGCACGAAUGAGAAAAGGUAUUACUAUAUUAAUUGGCACCCCAGGAAGAUUAUUAGACCAUGCUAAGAAUACCAAGUCAAUAUCAUUUAAACAACUUCAAUGGUUAAUAAUUGAUGAGGCUGAUAGAAUGCUUGAUCUUGGUUAUGAGAAAGAUAUAACAAGUAUUCUUCAAGUAAUUGAUGAACAACGAGACGAGUCUAUUACUCGACAAACAGUUUUACUUUCAGCAACCCUAUCAGAAGGAGUACAAAAACUUGCAGGAUUAUCAUUGAAAAACCCAGAAUAUAUAGAUGCAUCAUCAAUUGGUGACACAGAUCCUGAAUGUUUAGCAAUUCCUGAUAGUCUUUUACAAUAUUAUGUUAUUGCACCUCCAAAAUUAAGAUUAGUGACUCUAUCUGGUGUACUUUUACAAAAUCUACAGAAAGGACAAUCAUUGAGUAAAACAUUAGUCUUUAUGGCAACUCAAGAUAUGGUUGAUUAUUACACUGAUUUAUUAACUACAGUACUUACAUGUUUGGCUAUGUUUAAACUUCAUGGUAAUAUGACUCAAGUUGAACGAAUGGAAGUGUUCAAAUCAUUCAAAGCAGCCGAUCAUGGAGUUUUAUUCUGCACAGAUGUAGCAUCCAGAGGUUUAGAUUUGCCUUUAGUUGAUCGAAUAAUCCAGUACAAUGCACCUAUAACACCAACUGAUUAUGUUCAUAGAGUUGGCAGAACUGCUAGAGUUGGUCAAAAAGGGGAAGCAACACUGUUUUUGACUCCUCAUGAAGCUAUGUUUAUAUCCAAACUUCAAGAUCAUUCCAUUAUGAUUUCCGAAUUGAAAAUGGAUAAAUGUCUACAAUCAAUUUUAUCAAUGGAAUUCGAAGGAGAAUAUGUAAAAACAGCUGAAAUGGCAGCAAAUAUUUUGCAGUCUCGUUUUGAAACUGCUGUACUUGAACAAGAUAGACUUCAUGAAUUGGGCUGUAAAGCUUUCAAAUCUUGGGUUAGAUCAUAUGCAAGUUACCCAAAAAGCAGUCGUGAAGUUUUUAAUUUCAAAGAUUGUCAUCUUGGGCAUUAUGCUAAAAGUUUUGCCAUACGUGAUGCACCUAGAAUAAUUGGAGGAAUUGGUAAACCCAAAAAAGAUCCAAGAAUGAAGUAAGUAAAUUUUAGUUAGAAG